UAAUCUCGCGAGUAAUGGUCAUCCACACCUCCGGCUCGAUGAUGGCUCGCUUAGCAAUUCUGUGUACCUUGGAGACAGCAAGCCUUGAUUGGCUGAAUGGCUGCACUGACCUGACAGGGCAGUGGCCAGCUAUGCUAUUAGUUCUCGAAGGGAAAUGGCCAUCGCCUGCAGCUAGACCACACGAGAUGAUGGCGACGCACCGGGGGGAAGGGGGGCAUGUCCUCCUCGUCGUCGCUCAGGACGGUUCAGCGACACCCAAGGUCCUCACCAAGGAGAUAUAAAUCACCAUCCACGACAGCUUGCCAGGCGUUCAGUCCAUUCCUCCUUCAUCCCCUCUUCCACCCCCUCCUCUACGGUCUCUGUCACCAUGACUGCCUUUAAUGCAUCCGAGGUGAACCUCCACACCGCUAGCAAAGAGGACGUGCUAUGCUACUACGCCGUCUCCGAGAAUGACUACAACGGCCACAUGGGAGCCCGGAUCUCCUCCAUCUUUGUCAUUCUCUUAGUCUCCACGGCGUUUACCUUCUUCCCCGUCGUGGCCAAACGCAUGCCUAGAUGGAAGAUCCCCCACGGCGUGUACAUCUUCGCCCGUUACUUCGGUACGGGGGUCAUCCUGGCCACGGCAUUCGUCCAUCUCCUCGACCCCGCCUACAAACGAAUCGGUCCCAAAACCUGCGUCGGAGUCUCGGGUCACUGGUCCGAAUACUCCUGGUGCGCCGGCAUCGUGCUCGCCUCGAUUACUCUGAUAUUCCUCCUCGAUCUCGCCGCCGAGGUCUAUGUCGAGCAUAAAUACGGCAUGCACCGCGACGAAAACGCCACCAACGCCUUCCUCACGAGCGAUCCCACCACCACCACCACCACCCACAUCCACUCCAGCCCGGAAGAUGGCCACAGAUCCACCGAGAAAGCCACUCCGACUGAAACCACCGAAGAAUCCUCCUCGGAACUCGCCGACCGCUCAUUCCGGCAACAAAUCGCCGGCUUCCUCAUCCUCGAAUUCGGCAUCAUCUUCCACUCCGUCAUCAUCGGUCUGAACCUGGGUGUUACCGGCUCUGAAUUCGCUACCCUCUACCCGGUCCUGGUCUUCCACCAGUCCUUCGAGGGUUUAGGGAUUGGCGCUCGACUGUCCGCCAUCCCGUUCGGACAUCGCAUUCACCUCCCCUACCUCCUGUGUCUAGCAUACGGCCUGACCACUCCGAUUUCGAUCGCGAUCGGUCUGGGUCUGCGCACGACAUAUAAUCCGGGCUCGAAGACCUCGUUAAUCAUCCAAGGCGUGUUCAAUGCCGUGUCCGCGGGGAUAUUGAUCUAUAGUUCGUUGGUGGAGCUGCUCGCCCGUGACUUCAUCUUUGAUCCGUGCCGGACCCGCCGUCGCUCCAAGUUGCUGUAUAUGGUGUUUUGUACGUUGUUGGGGGCGGGCAUUAUGGCGCUGAUUGGGAAGUGGGCGUAACCUCUUGAAAGAACACCGUGUGGGUGAUCUG